AUGGCCUUUUUUGAGGCUCUCAAAGAUAAAGCCGUCAGCACUUUGAACCAGGUGCUUGACAGACCCCCCGCAAACGGCUUGACCAAAGAUGAGGCCUUUUGCAGGGAACACAACCUUCCUGACGGGGAGGUGGUUUUAGACGAGCUGGCGGUGGAAAUUAGUUGCAAGCCAGAGAAUUCGAAGGAAGCGUACAGCGCACAGUAUCCGCAAGGGCGGAUCUACUUGACUCAGCACUUUUUGGUGUUCAAAGAUGUGUUUGACCGAAGAAACUGCUCGUUUGUAAUUCAUUUGAGCACAAUUAGAAAGGUGGAGAGGUUGCCCACCAGUUCGUACGGGUUUGCCUUGUCGCUAGCCACGCACAGCAGAGUGAACAUCAGGAUGUACUUGGUAGGGAUGCGAUCGGAAAGCGAGCGGUUCUCGUCGCAAUUGAAGAUGGCUCUCAAGAAGAACUUGCCCAAUGUGAAGAAGCUCCCUCCCUUUAUACAAACGUGCUACUCGGAGUACUUGUUGGCGAAAAACAAAGUGAGCACAGAAAAAGUGGAGCUGAUGCCAUCGGGCGGCUUGGGAGUCAAGUUCAAGUUCCCGGGGGAUGCCAGAGCCAACAGAGAUAAGACCAAGAUGAAGUUGUGGUUCGACUUGUUUCGUGUAGAUGGACGCAACUUGUCGCUUAUAAAGACUCCAAUGUUCUACAAGUUGAUACGGGUCGGACUCCCCAAUAGACUUAGAGGUGAGAUCUGGGAACUAUGCUGCGGUUCUAUGUACCUCAGGCUCGACCACACCGGCGAGUAUGAGAAGCUCCUAAAAGACAAUGAGGGAAAGAACUCGGUGGCAAUCGACGAGAUCUCAAAGGACUUGAAUCGUUCAUUGCCCGAGUAUGCCGCGUACCAGGACAAGGAGGGCAUAGACAGAUUGCGAAGGGUACUCACGGCCUAUUCUUGGAAGAACCCCGAUAUCGGCUAUUGUCAGGCCAUGAAUAUUGUGGUGGCGGCCUUGUUAAUCUACAUGUCUGAAGAACAGGCUUUCUGGUGUCUCAAUGUCUUGAUUGAUCAUGUCGUGCCUGGGUAUUACUCAAGAACUAUGUAUGGCACUUUGUUGGACCAAAGGGUGUUUGAGUCUCUUGUGGAAAACUCGAUGCCAGUAUUAUGGAGUCACAUUUCCAAGUACGAUAUCCAAUUGUCGGUGAUUUCCUUGCCAUGGUUCCUUUCAUUAUACCUCACCUCCAUGCCGUUGGUUUUUGCAUUCAGGAUUCUCGACGUGUUCUUUCUCCAGGGCCCCAAGACUUUAUUUCAAGUGGCAUUGGCGAUUCUAAAGCUUAAUGGAGAGGAGCUUUUGAAAGCCGAGGAUGACGGCACAUUUGUGUCCAUUCUCAAGGAGUAUUUUCUCACCUUGGACCAUUCUGCCCAUCCAAAUGCGGCUAACCCUAAAUUCAGCCAGGUAACCAAGUUUCAGGAGCUCAUGGUGACAGCUUUCAAGGAGUUCUCUGUCAUAAAUGAGGAUGUCAUUGAGAAACACAGAAAAAAGCACAGAAAUACCAUCUAUUCAAGUAUAACGACAUUUGUCAAGAGAACGGAGUUGCGCAACUUGCCAAAAACUCAAAACAUUUCUCAGUCAGACGUAUCAUUACUUUAUGAUAGAUUCUAUUCAAUUGUCACGUCUACAAUUACUGUUGGGACAGGUUCCUCGCAAAUGAACUUCGAUGCAUUCAAAAUAUUUAUGCAACAAAUUUGUGACUGGGUCGAGACUGAAACCAGUGAGGAUGCCGAAAAGCAAGAAACAUUUUUACGUCGACUCUUUGAGCACUGGGAUUCUAGUUCGGAAGGAGCCUUGUCUUUGGCUGAUUUGGUUGUCGGCUUGAACAAGAUGUUGGAGCCUGACUUGCUCACCUCGAUUUCAAAUUUCUUUGCGCUUUAUAGCAAGGAUAAUAAGGUUGAUCGUGAGGGAAUUUUGACAAUUUCCGAAGACCUUCUCUACAUCACGGCACCUUGGAAGAAAGGGCUAUUGUUGGAUUCGCUCACAGAAGGCGCUAUAGAAAACGCCAUCGCAGAUGAGUUGUACAAGAAGCAAAAAGAAGCGGGAGCGGAGAACGGGGAAGGCAUUCAAAUUCCCCUGACGUUUGAUAUCGACAAACAAAGGAUAGAAAAUAUGCAAUUGGAGAGGUAUCUUGCCGCCGCGAGCACCUUUAUUCAAAGGGCUUUUGAGUACGCUCAGCCUGUUGAAGAUGAAGAGGUCCUUAUCGAAGAGCUCAAAAUCGACAACUCCAUCAAGAGUAAUGCCGCCUUGAACCCGAAUACCCCAGUGUAUCUCAAUUUGCCCACAUUCCGAAUGGUGGUUUUGGCAGACGAGACGUACGAACUAUUCUUCAGCCACACUUUCCGUAACUCUUUCCAUAUUGACCGACCUCUUGAUUCUAAGGUCAAUACAAUGAGAAACUUGAGGGAUAUGUUUGAUGGACUUAUUGCAGAUGGACGAGAAGUCGCUAAGAAGGUUCGUCGUCGUAUGGACUCGGCUGCAUCUCCUCCUCAUCAGAGCGAGACUUCUUCAUUGAAAUCAGGAAAGUCAGCAAAGGUGCACGAGGAAGAAGAAGAAAGAGACGACGAUUUUGGAGUGAUUGAUAUCAAUGAAGACGACAAGAAUCUUGUGUUAGGAGCUGAGGCUCAAGUUGGGAUUUCUUCUAUUAACAACACACAAGAGGAGGCCAAACGAAUUGCUUCUCUUGAGGCAGAAGAGAAGGCUGCCAAGGAGGGUAAGCACAAAAAGGAUGAGAAUCUCAUAGAGUUUGAGACACGAUGA